UCCCAUGCCUUCCUCCUACACCUCGCCCAGCCCAGCAUCCACCCGGCGGCCUGCUUCCCCAGUGCCGCCAUCACCCUUUGCCAACGGCAAGCCAAGGCGGGUGGUGGUGGCCAAGGGUGGCGGGCUGCUGCCGCCGGCUCCUGCCUCAGACACAGACGAUGAGGAGACCUUUGCAAACUCAUAUCUAGCUCAGGCCACUGCAGGCACUGCCUGUGGGCUCAAUCAUGAGCAACCAGCCAACCACCAGAGCCAGGCCUCGCUGCAGCCGCUGCCUCCGGUGCUGAAGCCUCACCUGGGCCAACAGCCUCCGGCCGUCACCUCGCUCAGCCGCAACUCGGUGAGCCAGCGGCGGACCCAGAGCCCGGCGCCCGUGGCCGCGCCGCCCAGCGAGCUGCCCACCACGCCCGAAUCUGUCCAGCUGCAGGACAGCUGGGUGCUUGGCAGCAAUGUGCCUCUGGAGACCAGAAAAUUAGCAAAGCAGGCAGUUCUUGAAAAUGGGCAUGACAACCUAAUAGAGAUGGAUGUUUUUACCCCACCGUGUCACGAUGGGAGUUACGGUGACGGGCACUUCCUCUUCAAGACGGGAACUGGGACGACACCGCUGUUCAGCACCGCCUCCCCCGGCUACACCAUGGCUUCCAGCGCCGUCUAUUCACCGCCACCGCGCCCUCUGCCCAGGAACACUCUCUCGCGCAGUGCGUUCAAGUUCAAGAAAACGUCCAAGUACUGCAGCUGGAAAUGCACGGCCUUGUGCGCAGUGGGCGUGUCCGUCAUUCUGGCCGUGCUCCUCUCCUACUUCAUAGCGAUGCAUCUUCUCGGCCUGAAUUGGCAGCUCCAGCAAGUCGACAACUACACGUUUGAAAAUGGCAGAGUGAAGACAGAGAGCUCUCCCACCAACGUGGUCACCGCGACUUCGCCCGACGGUGGAAAGUUUGGAUUCCCUCACCAGGAGAACAACACCAUCGAUUCGGGAGAGGUGGACCUUGGCCGCCGGGCGAUACAGGAGGUCCCUCCCGGUGUCUUUUGGAGAGCGCAGCUCUACGUUGACCAGCCCCAGUUCCUGAAGUUCAACAUCUCCCUCCCGAAGGAUGCGCUGAUCGGUGUGUACGGGAGAAAGGGUCUCCCUCCCUCCCACACCCAGUAUGACUUUGUGGAGCUUCUGGAUGGCAGCAGACUGAUCGCCAGAGAGAAGCGCAGCCUGUCCAGUCCUGAGCACAAGAGCCGGCAGGUCAGAGCGGUGAGCGUGCAAGAGGCUGGUUUUGUCCAAUACCUCGACUCUGGAGUCUGGCACCUGGCCUUCUACAACGAUGGGAAAACGGCAGAACACGUCUCCUUCAACACCAUCGCCAUAGAUUCUGUGAUGGAGUGCCCGCGGAAUUGUCAUGGCAAUGGCGAGUGCGUUUCUGGAGCCUGUCAUUGCUUCCCCGGGUUUUUCGGAUCAGAUUGUGCGAGAGCAACCUGCCCCAUCCUGUGCAGCGGCAACGGCCAGUACUCCAAGGGCCGGUGCAUUUGUUUCAGCGGCUGGAAGGGGACGGAAUGCGACGUGCCGUCGGGGCAGUGCAUCGACCCGCUCUGCGCAGCGCACGGCAUCUGCAUCAUGGGCUCCUGCGUCUGCAACUCUGGCUACAAGGGAGAAAUAUGCGAACAAGCGGACUGCUUUGACCCGACCUGUUCGAACCACGGAGUGUGCAUCCAUGGAGAAUGCCACUGCAGCCCUGGCUGGGGGGGGGCAAACUGUGAAAAGUCCAAGACCAUGUGUCCGGAUCAGUGUGCUGGCCACGGUACCUACCUUCAGGAGAGCGACUCGUGCACUUGCGAUCCCAACUGGACUGGCGCUGACUGCUCCGUGGAGAUCUGCCCGGUGGAGUGCGGGACGCACGGGGUGUGCCUGGCGGGGGCCUGCCGCUGCGAGGAAGGCUGGACAGGAGCGACUUGCGAGCAGCGAGCCUGCCACCCACGCUGCCUGGAGCACGGGACCUGCAUCGACGGCAAGUGCCAGUGCAACCAAGGCUGGAACGGUGAACACUGCACCAUAGAGGGCUGUCCCGGCCUCUGCAAUAGUAACGGAAGAUGCACCCUGGAUCAGAACGGCUGGCAUUGUGUCUGCCAGGUGGGUUGGCGAGGAGCGGGCUGCGACGUCGCCAUGGAGACCCUGUGCUCGGACGGCAAGGACAACGAGGGAGAUGGACUGGUCGACUGCAUGGACCCAGACUGCUGCUUGCACAACGCCUGCCAGAACCAGCCCUACUGCCGAGGCUCGCCCGACCCGCUGGACAUCAUCGGCCAGAGCCAGCAGCAACCGCCCCAGCAAGCCGCCAGGUCCUUCCACGACCGCAUCAAGUUUCUCAUUGAGCCCGACAGCAGUCACAUCCUGCCGGGGGAAAACCCUUUCAACAGCAGCCUGAGCUCCGUGAUCAGAGGACAGGUCCUGACGGCGGAUGGGACACCCCUGAUUGGAGUUAACGUCUCGUUCCUGCACUACCCGCAGUACGGCUACACCAUCACCCGUCACGACGGAAUGUUUGACCUGCUGGCUAAUGGUGGAGCCUCGCUCACGCUGUGUUUUGAGCGGCUGCCCUUCAUCACCCGCCACCACACGGUGUGGAUCCCGUGGAACGUCUUCUACGUGAUGGACACCAUGAUCAUGAAGAAGGAGGAGAACGAGAUUCCCAGCUGCGACCUGAGUGGCUUUGUGCGGCCCAACCCCAACAUCCUGGCCUCCCCUCUCUCCACCUUCUUCCGAACCUCUUCCUCCGAGAGUCCCAUCAUUCCGGAGACACAGGUGCUUCAUGAAGAGACGGACAUUCCUGGCACGGAUGUCAAGCUGAUGUACCUGAGUUCGCGGGCGGCCGGCUACAAGCCGGUGCUGAAGAUCACCAUGACCCAGAGCACCAUGCCGUUCAACUUGAUGAAGGUCCACCUCAUGGUGGCCGUGGUGGGACGGCUCUUCCAGAAGUGGUUCCCCGCGUCGCCCAACCUCGCCUACACCUUCAUAUGGGACAAGACCGAUGCCUACAACCAAAAGGUCUAUGGUCUGUCUGAGGCUGUCGUGUCUGUGGGCUAUGAGUAUGAGUCAUGCCUGGAUCUCAUCCUGUGGGAGAAAAGGACAGCGAUUCUUCAGGGCUAUGAGUUGGACCCUGCCAACAUGGGAGGAUGGUCGCUCAACAAACACCACGUCUUAGACGUUCAAAACGGGAUUCUGUACAAGGGCAAUGGUGAGAACCAGUUCAUCUCGCAGCAGCCGGCAGUGAUAAGCUGCAUCAUGGGGAACGGGAGGAGACGGAGUAUAUCCUGCCCCAGUUGUAACGGCCAGUCAGACGGCAACAAGCUCCUGGCCCCAGUGGCGUUGGCCUGCGGCAUCGACGGAAGCCUGUACAUCGGUGACUUCAACUACAUCCGCCGUGUCUUCCCCUCCGGAAACGUCACCAGCAUCCUUGAGCUGAGAAAUAAAGAUUUUAGACAUAGCAACAACCCGGCCCAUCGGUAUUACUUGGCGACAGACCCGGUCACGGGAGACCUGUACAUCUCCGACACCAGCACGCGCAGGAUUUACCACCCAAAGUCGCUGUCCGGUGACAAAGACGUGACCGCAAACUCCGAGGUGACGGCGGGGACUGGAGAACAGUGUCUGCCCUUCGACGAGGCCCGGUGUGGAGAUGGGGGCAAGGCGGUGGAAGCUUCGCUCAUGAGUCCCAAAGGGAUCGCCAUCGACAAGAACGGCCUGAUGUACUUUGUGGACGGAACGAUGAUCAGGAAGGUGGACCAGAAUGGAAUUAUAUCCACCCUGCUGGGAUCCAACGACCUCACAUCCGCGCGACCAUUGACCUGUGACACCACCAUGCACAUCAGCCAGGUGCGCCUGGAGUGGCCGACGGAUCUGGCCAUCAACCCGAUGGACAACUCGCUGUACGUGCUGGACAACAACAUCGUGCUGCAGAUCAGCGACAACCACCAGGUGCGGAUAGCCGCGGGGCGGCCCAUGCACUGCCAGGUGCCGGGGGUGGAGUACUCGCUGGGCAAGCGCGCCGUGCACACCACGCUGGAGUCGGCCAGCGCCAUCUCCGUGUCCUACAGCGGCGUGCUGUACAUCGCCGAGACCGACGAGAAGAAGAUCAACCAGGUGCGGCAGGUGACCACGGACGGGGAGAUCUCCGUGCUGGCCGGGGCGCCGUCCGACUGCGACUGCAAGAACGACGUCAACUGCGACUGCUAUCAGACGGGCGACGGCUACGCCAAGGACGCCAGGCUCAACUCGCCGUCCUCGCUGGCCGUCAGCCCCGACGGGACGCUCUACAUCGCCGACAUGGGCAACAUCCGCAUCCGGGCCGCCUCCAAGAACAAGCCGCUGCUGACCUCCGCCAACGUCUACAAAGUGGCGUCGCCGUCAGAGCAAGAGCUGUACAUCUUCGACGCCAACGGCACGCACCAGUACACCCAGAGCCUCAUCACCGGCGACCAUCUCUACAACUUCACCUACAGCAACGAGAACGACAUCACGGCCGUCAUCGACAACAACGGCAACACCCUGCGCAUCCGCCGCGACCCCAACCGCAUGCCCGUCCGCAUCGUGUCCCCCGACAACCAGGUCAUCUGGCUGACCAUCAGCACCACCGGUGGCCUGAAGGGCAUGACCGCCCAGGGCCAGGAGCUGGUCCUACUCACCUACCACACCUACACCGGCCUCCUGGCCACCAAGAGUGACAAGACUGGCUGGACCACGUUCUUCAACUACGACAGUGAGGGUCGAUUGACUAAUGUCACGUUCCCCACCGGGGUGGUGUCCAAUCUCCAGGGUGAGAUGGAGAAGGCGAUCACGGUGAACAUCGAGUCGUCCAGCAGAGAGGAUGACGUCACCAUCACAACCAACCUUUCAUCAGUGGAUGCCUUCUACACUCUUGUUCAAGACCAGUUGCGGAACAGUUACCAGGUGGGCUACGACAGCUCCCUGCGCGUCAUGUACGCGAACGGCAUGGACACCAGCUUCCAGACGGAGCCCCACAUCCUGGCUGGCACGGUCAACCCCAUCAUCGCCAGGCGCAACGUCACCCUGCCCUUGGAGAACAGCCUGAACCUGGUGGAGUGGCGCUUCAGGAAGGAGCAGGCCAGGGGGAAGGUCAGCGUCUUCGGACGCAAGCUACGGGUGAACGGUCGGAACCUUCUCUCCAUCGACUUUGACCGCACCACUCGCACGGAGAAGAUCUACGACGACCACCGCAAGUUCCAGCUGCGGAUCCUGUACGACCAGUCGGGCCACCCCACCCUGUGGCUGCCGAGCAGCCGGCUGGUCGCCGUCAACAUCACCUACUCCUCCACCGGCCAGAUCGCCGGCAUCCAGCGAGGGCCGCUGGGCGAGAAGAUCGAGUACGAUGCGCAGGGGAGAAUCGUCUCCCGUGUACUGACCGACGGCAAAACCUGGAGCUACACCUACCUGGACAAGUCGAUGGUGCUUCUGCUCCACAGCCAGCGUCAGUACAUAUUUGAGUAUGACCUGCUGGACCGGUUGUCGGCAGUGACCAUGCCAAGUGUUGCCCGCCACACCAUGCAGACCAUCCGCUCGGUCGGCUACUACCGAAACAUCUACAACCCGCCGGAGAGCAACGCCUCCAUGCUGGCGGACUACAGCGAGAGCGGGCUGCUGCUGCAGACGGCGUACCUGGGGACGGGCCGGCGAGUGCUGUACAAGUACCGCCGUACCUCCAAGCUGUCCGAGCUGCUGUACGACAGCACGCGGGUCAGCUUCGGCUAUGAUGAGGCCGCGGGCGUGCUGAAGACCGUCAACCUGCAGAGCGAGGGCUUCAUCUGCACCAUCCGCUACCGGCAGGUGGGGCCGCUGGUCGACCGCCAGAUCUUCCGCUUCAGCGAGGACGGCAUGGUCAACGCCCGCUUCGACUACAGCUACGACAACAACUUCCGCGUGACCAGCAUGCAGGCGGUGAUCAACGAGACCCCGCUGCCCAUCGACCUGUACCAGUUCGACGACAUCUCGGGCAAGGUGGAGCAGUUCGGCAAGUUCGGCGUCAUUUACUACGACAUCAACCAGAUCAUCUCCACGGCGGUGAUGACCUACACCAAGCACUUUGACGCCCACGGGCGCAUCAAGGAGAUCCAGUACGAGAUCUUCCGCUCGCUCAUGUACUGGAUCAUCGUGCAGUACGACAGCGUGGGGCGGGUGACCAAGCGGGAGAUGAAGAUCGGCCCCUUCGCCAACACCACCAAGUACGGCUACGAGUACGACGUGGACGGCCAGCUGCAGACCGUCUACCUGAACGACAAGAUCGUGUGGCGCUACAACUACGACCUCAACGGCAACCUGCACCUGCUCAACCCGGGCAGCAGCGCACGCCUGACGCCGCUGCGCUACGACCUGCGCGACCGCAUCACCCGCCUGGGCGACGUGCAGUACCGGCUGGACGAGGACGGAUUCCUGCACCAGCGCGGCGGCGAUGUCUUCGACUACAACUCCAAGGGUCUCCUGGUCAGGGUCUACAGCAAGGUGGGCGGCUGGACCAUACGCUACCGCUACGAUGGCCUGGGUCGCCGCGUCUCCAGCCGGAUCAGCAGCGGCCAGCACCUCCAGUUCUUCUACUCCGACCUCAGCUACCCCAACCGCAUCACCCACGUCUACAACCACUCCAGCUCCGAGAUCACCUCCUUCUACUACGACCUGCAGGGCCAUCUCUUCGCCAUGGAGAUCAGCAGCGGCGAGGAGUUCUACAUCGCGUGCGACAACACCGGCACGCCCUUGGCGGUCUUCAGCAGCAAUGGGCGCAUGAUCAAGCAGAUCCAGUACACCGCCUACGGGGAGAUCUACCUGGACUCCAACCCCGACUUCCAGCUCAUCAUCGGCUUCCACGGGGGCCUCUACGAAUCGUUGACCAAACUGAUUCACUUUGGGGAGAGGGACUACGAUAUCCUGGGCGGCCGCUGGACCAGGCCGGACAUCCACCUGUGGAUGCAAGUAGCCAACGACCCAGCCCCGUUCAACCUCUACAUGUUCAACAAUAACAACCCAGUGGGCAAAGUCCAGAACGUCAAGGACUACAUCACAGAUGUGAACAGCUGGCUAUUGACGUUUGGGUUUCAACUCCACAAUGUUAUUCCUGGUUUUCCUGUACCCAGGCAGGGUCUGGAAGAACCUUCGUAUGAACUUGUAAGGAGUCAGGAAUGGGAUGAUGUUCCGUAUGUGUCUGGAGUGCAGCAAAUGGUGGCAAGACAGGCCAAGGCCUUCAUCGGUCUGGGGAAGAUGCCGGACGUGCAGAUGGGUCGACACCAGGCCUCGUGCGGGAAGCCUUGGCUCUGGUUUGGCACGGUCAAGUCUUUGGUGGGCAAGGGGGUGAUGCUGGCCAUUAGCCAGGGCAAGGUGACCACCAGCGUGCUGAACAUCGCCAACGAGGACUGCGUCAAGGUGGCGGCAGUGCUGAACGGCGCCUACUACCUGGACAACGUGCACUACACCGUCGGGGGCAGGGACACCCACCACUUCAUCAAGACCACCUCGCCCGAGAUCGACCUGGGCUCGCUGCGGCUGACCAGCGGCCGCAAGGCGCUGGACAACGGCAUCAACAUCACCGUUUCGCAGUCGACCGCCGUGCUGAGCGGCAGGACGCGGCGGUUCACCGACGUGGAGAUGCAGUACAACGCCCUGUCCCUCCAGGUCCGCUACGGCACCACGCUAGACGAGGAGCGGGCCCGCCUGCUGGAGCGCGCCCGGCAACGAGCGCUGACCAACGCCUGGAACCGCGAGCAGCAGCGGGUGCGGGACGGCGAGGAAGGGAUGCGCCUGUGGACGGAGGGGGAGAAGAGGCAGCUGCUGAGCGCCGCCAGGGUUCAAGGCUACGACGGGUACUAUGUACUCUCUGUGGAACAGUACCCAGAACUGGCAGACAGUGUGAACAACAUCCAGUUCCUAAGACAGAACGAGAUCGGAAAGAGGUAACACACAGGCCAGUUGGUGGCUGCCAAAGAGAGACAAACUCAACACGUUUGUUCAUUAUAUUUCCCCGGGGAGAACAGAGUGAUUAGUUUUUCGCUGCCGUUUGUUACUUGUUUAGUUUCACUAAGGAGACUGGGACAGCACAAACCUCCCGUCUGCUGUCCCCUAUCAAUCUGUAGCACAAGUUUGUUCCUUCCUGGAGCCGAUGGACUUGGUGGACAAUCUGUUCCCCACCUAGCCGCAAUCUACGAAAGGGGAUGAAAGAUGGCCGGUGUGAACAAAGACUCCUGAAUCACCCUUGAGCGUUUCGGCAGCUGUAUCGAAAAAUCGGGAGCUGUCAGCUGCUCGAAAAAUAAUCACAAAUUGUUUACGGCUGAUCGCCAGAUCCAAGGUUGGACUAACAUAUGUAUAAAAAAAACACACACACACAAAACGCAAAACAAUUUUAUACUUGGCCAAACCUAUCGACUAUUUUCUGUUGCUUUAUGAUACAGCAUAUUAAACACUAGAAAAUGUCCAAAUGCGGAAAGUAACUGUAUACAGUAAACUGCGUUUUUUGCUUACCCAGAAAAUAGUCUAAUCUUUCCUCAUGUUAAGUUGAUCCAGUGUCGGAGAGAGGGAGGGAGAGAGAGAGAGAGAGAGAACGACACUUGCUAUUGACCGCACUGUGGCAGCAGAGGAAGGGGUCAUCUCUCUCCCCUCGAGCGGGCUGCUCUGUACGAGGACACUUUCAGCAGAGUAGCAGUGUGACUCUGUAACAGCCAGGACAACAACACAACGCUGGUGGAUUUGCCUUGCGAGCUGCCACGAUGUACAGGAUCCUUCUACCCGCUAAUCGAAACAAUAAAAAAAACAAUUUCCAUUUUUUUUGGUACAGUAUGUUGAGACCAGUACCUUAUGGAGUUUUUAUAUGAAUUCCACUUCACUGUUCAUCAGAUACUAGUCUCCGAAGAUGUUAAUUUAUGUAAAGUGUUUCAAAAGGAGUUUAUACUUGAAAAUAAAAUCUUUAAAA